AAAACAAGGAUGCAGGAGGAUGUGAAACUUAUAUGAUUGUGAUCUUUCUCAUGUUUAAGAACCAGAUGAAAGUAUUCUGAGCGCUUCAAUGAGGAGAAACACGCCCAGACUAAGAUGCUUCUGUUUCUUUCCCUGCUGAUCUUCUGUGCGCCACUAGGGGGCGACACCUCACCAAUCAGUUGCUACAACGACAGAGGAGAUGCUGUUGAUUGGUUUUAUAUCUACAAGCUGCCCAAAGAACAUCACAGUAAAUCUCCUCAGAAGGGUGAGCUGUAUUUACUGCUGGAGAAAGGGAGUGAAGGAUGGACUGAUGGGAAGGUGACGGUGAAUGACACCACGGGAGCCCUGGGCAGGACGGUCGGACAACUGUACUCACAACGAAAGAACACAGAGAUAGCCUAUAUCCUUUACAAUGACCAGCCGCCACCCAAGGACGUUGGUGACAGAUGGGAGGACAACAGUGGGAGCAGAGGGGGGCACACAAAAGGUGUCGUGAUAGUGGAUAAAAAUCAAGGCUUCUGGUUGGUCCACAGCACUCCUAACUUCCCCCCUGUGCAGCAAGCAGGAGGGUAUUAUUACCCCAGCACCGGUUUGACCAACGGGCAAAACUUCAUCUGCGUCACGUACCCGCUCGACCGCUUCAGGACUAUUGGAGAACAGCUGCAGAUCAAUCAGCCUGAUGUGUACGAUUGCGACGUUCCUGAGUCCUUGGCCUCCGUUGUGCCGGAGCUGGCUGCCGUUUGUAAGAAGAAAUACCUGUCCGCUAACGUUUUUCCACAUAUCAAACCUGUGUCCAAUCGGAGCGUGACCCUGACCUCAAAGGAUGGCACCAACUUCAUCAGCUUUGCCAAAGGAGCCUCGUUUGAUAAUGACCUGUACCACUCUUGGGUAGCACCCACCCUCCAGUCAAACCUCCUGGUCCAGUUCUGGGUUCGCUCAUCCGGCAUCCUCCCCUCUGACUGCUCGCUGGGCUGGAAGGUCCUGGAUAUCAAGACUGUUUCCCCGGGGCAGACGUUCACCUUCAAGACCUCCCAGGACCACUCCAAGUGGGCGGUCAGCACCAAGGCGGCUGGGUCGGGGGUAGGAGGGGGCUGGGUGUGUGUGGGAGACAUUAACCGGAACAAGGCGGAGGAGAAGCGAGGCGGUGGCACGGUGUGUCUGCGGGAUCCAGUGGUGUGGAAGGCUUACCGGACGGCGGCCCUGGAGUGUGAGGCGUGCGGAGGAGAAACCGGCACAUGUGACGACGUGCUAUAAGGUCAGCUGGGAUUGAGGAAAAGCCAUAAUGUGUUGAUGAUGAUGUCAUACUUAUGGUUAAUGUUUUAACAUAUUUGGUACACUGUAUAUAUUUCUGUGAAUGUCUGCUGAAACCUAACCCAUUUUAUUUUUUAUUUUUUUAUAGUAUAUUUUUUGGGGCUUUUUGCCUUUAGAGAGAGACAGGGAAUGGGAGGCAGAGAGGGGGGCAAUGACUCGCAGGAUAGGCCCGCUCGGUGCGGGAUUCGAACC